AUUCUUUUCUCUAUUCCUGCCGUCAUAUGGCGUUUUAGUGUGAUAGUUCGUCCGCCAUAUUAAAUGAAAUCAAUAAAAUAAGACAAAAUGUCGCCUUACUAAGUGAGUGAUAUUAAUCCAAUAACAUCCAGUGUUUGUGAAUUCCAAACAUCAAGAGAAUCACAAUGGAGAAUUCGUACGGUGUAGGGGUGGAUAAUAGAUAUGCUCUUUUCCUGGACGAUGAGUCCGAUCCUCUCGACGCGAUUAAAGCGCGAGAGCAAGCAAAAGAACAAAAAAAGAAGACCAAAGAAGCCGAGAAGGAGAAUAAGGGGAAACCUGAAGCCAAGCCUAAAAGCGUGAACGUCGUCGCAAGAAAAGGCAUUAAGGAAACUCAAAAUGUUAAGGCUCAGGAUAUAAAGAGUGGCGAACAACAAAAGAGUAAGGCUCCUGUGCGAAACAUCGAACGUAAUACAGAACGUCCACCGCCUCGCCGUCGGGAGGAUCGUCCCCAAAACGGAGCCGUCGAGGCCAAAGAAGGUGCGAGGCCACCUCGGCGCGAUUUCGGAGACCGAAGGCCUAACUUCGAGCGACGAAACUUUAAUGAUAAUCAGGAAGGUGGUGAACGUCGCGGUCCAAGGCCUCCACGCGAACCUCGUGAUGGCCCACCACGCGGGCCGAGGCCGGGCUUUGACAAUCGUGGUAAACGUGAAUUUGACAGGCGGUCCGGCUCAGAUAAAACUGGCGUCAAGCCUGUGGACAAACGUGACGGCGGGGGCUCCCACAACUGGGGCACCAUCAAAGACGAUCUUGACGAGUUGAACAAAACUGGCUCUGAUGCCGACAUUACUGAAGAGAAACCGGCCGAUAGCGCUGCUACGGGUGCCGGUGAUGGACAGCAGCCGGACGCCGAGCGCACGGCGCCUGUCGAAGAGGAACCGCGGGAGCUCACGCUUGAUGAGUACAAGGCGCUUAGGAACGCUCAGCGCACCGCUCCACAGUACAAUUUGCGAAAGGCCGGAGAGGGUGAGGAUCUGAGCCAGUGGAAGAAUUUGGUGAUGCUGGAAAAAAAAAAGGAAGGUGGAGAUGAUGAUGAUAGCGACGAGGAGUAUGACAUUUCUGACUAUCCGCAGCGUGUGGGUCGUCAAAAGCGGCUGCUGGGCAUUGAGUUCACGUUUAGUGAUGGCGCCCGGCGUGGUGGCCCAGGCCCUCGAGGCCGAGGCCGUGGAGGUCGCGGGCGGGGCGUAGGCCGCGGAGUGCCGCGCGAAGAGGUCUCGCAGGACGAGCGCCCGGCGCCGCGCUCCCCGGUGGCGCCGCCAAAGGUGGAUGACAGCAAGGAUUUCCCCUCUCUCAGUUAGACUAACAGUGAGCCACUAAUUUUCUCCCAUUUCGAGUACUAUAGAGAUGCAAAUUGAAUAUUGUACCUAUGCGUUAUUUUUGAAGUAAAUAUACAAAAUAUUUACAUUUGUGUGUAUUAUAUUGCGUAAAAUGAUAGUCCAUCAAACUAAUCUACUUGGUCAUAUGAAAUAUUAUUUGGUCUGCUUAAAAUUUUCUACUAGCAAUGUGAAGGGGGAGGAUGUUGUAACAUGUUCUUAGAACCCUCCCAUAUUCUAUAUAAUAUGGAUCAUCAAAUAACAUCAGCUUUUACUACUAUAACAUCAGCUUUGUUUUAUAAGGUGAACAAUAUACGUUUUUUUACUCAGUCUGUGACACUAUCUUAAUUAGCUAUGUCACAAUUUAGUUAAAAGUUUUUGUCAACAUAACCCUUGUUGCAUUUUAUAUUUUAAGUUUGUUUUCAAACACAGACUCAAUAUCUAUUCAUUUAGCAGUCCAUUACAACUUGCAAUAGGGAAAGUACUAUGAUAGUGUUGUAUUUGACAAUAAAUGUUCUGUUACUGAUCCUGUAAACAUAUUUGAUAUGUGGAAUAGCACUGCAUUUGUUAUCGUCAAUAGUUUCCCGAGCAUAUAGUGUGCUUGUUAUAUUGGUAUAUACAGUACAUAAUAUGCAUUGAUGCAGAAUGUCUCGGUGGUAGUACCCAUUAGAUGCACCCUCAGGGAACUUACCUCCAUGUGAAAAUAUCUGUAAAUAGUCUUGAAAAUUUUAACGAUAAGGUCUUAUAUUAAUGAGGUUGAUUUUUUGUUACACAAACUUGAAAAAUAAACAUUUUGUAUGUGUGGAAAUUUUGUUUUAGUGCAUUUUACCUUUUAUUAAACAUAUAAGGCCUCCCCCUGGGCAAGAAGUAAUAUUUGCAUUGGGAUGGAACUAAAUCAGUAGAAUUGGGUGCUAAUUAUGUGUUAUGUAAUUUUGUUGAAGGUCUACCAGUCACCAUGUUAUAAUCUGUUGAUACUUAUGUAGCGGGAACUGGAACUGAUCCUUAUGAAUAGUGUAAACAGAAAUAAAACAUAAAUUUAU